GUACAAACUGAAAGUAAAUACAGUCUAGCAACAACAAGAGAGAAUAACAGUUAUUUGGGGUGAGUGCAUUCACUACUAAGAAAUCCUUGUUGCAAGAAGCUUCACAGAUCAGAAAUCCACUCAAGUUUGGACCACUGCGCUUGAUGGCGUCUCUUCCCCCAUCCUUGGUGGCAAUGGAGAAAGAUCAGGACUUAAAAGGAAACUGCAGUAGGGCUAUUUGUGGAGCAUGUUAAAUAAUCCAGAACAAGCUAUGUGUGCUUCGUAUGCCUAAACGUAGGGCAUGAAUGCAAUCAGGAAGAAGAGAUUUUGGGCCUUCUGUUUCUGCGUCAUGGCCAUCUUUUUUCUUCUUGCCACCCUCCAGGUGGUUGUAGAGCUUGGCAGGUCUGAAGGUAUGACAAUGAAAAGCUCAAUUUCACACAAUAAUGCAUUCCAAGGGGAAGAGUUGCAGAAGUAUGCCCACAUGUUCAUAAAGAAACCGGAACUUCACAGCAAAACAGAGAGAAUUUUGAGCAAAGACGGACAUCCUAUCUUGCUGUGGUGGUCUCCACUGACGGGAGAGACUGGGCGGCUUGGCCAAUGUGGACAAAACGCCUGCUUCUUUACUAUCAACAGGACCUAUCAGCACAAUCCUAUGACAAAAGCAUUUCUGUUCUACGGUACAGACUUCAGCAUAGAUGGUUUACCUCUCCCUCGUAAAGACCACCAUGACUGGGCCCUUUUCCACGAGGAGUCGCCCAAAAACAAUUACAAGCUUUUCCAGAGACCCGCUAUCACCCUGUUCAACCACACGGCCACAUUCAGCCGCCACUCACACCUACCGCUCACCACCCAGUACCUUGAAAGUAUUGAGGCCUUAAAGUCCCUGAGGUUCAUGGUUUCUCUGCAAAAAAAGAACCGCUUGAGGAAGAGACUUGCACCACUUGUCUAUGUACAGUCAGACUGUGAUCCCCCCUCUGACCGGGACAGCUACAUAAAGGAGCUGAUGGGCCAUAUUGAGGUAGACUCCUAUGGGGCCUGCUUGCAUAACAGAGAUCUUCCGGACCAUCUCAAAAACCCAGCCUCCAUGGACAGCGAUAACUUCUACCACAUACUUGCUCAGUACAAAUUCGUCCUUGCUUUUGAGAAUGCUGUCUGCGAAGAUUACAUCACAGAAAAGCUCUGGAGGCCUCUGAAACUGGGCGUGGUACCCAUUUAUUAUGGCUCUCCUAGCAUCGAAGACUGGCUUCCCAGUAAUAAGAGCGCAAUUCUGGUCACAGGAUUUUCACGCCCCAAGGACCUGGCGCGGUACGUCAGAGCUUUGGAUGCAGAUGACAAGGAAUACGAGGCCUACCUCGAAUGGAAACUGAAAGGCGACGUCUCCAACGAGAGGCUGCUUGCUGCGAUCAAGGAACGCACGUGGGGAGUGCAAGAUAUCAUGAAGGACAACUACAUCGAUGCAUUUGAGUGCAUGGUCUGCACUAGAGUAUGGGAAAACGUCAGGAGACAAGCAAAGGGAAUGUUACCAAGAUGGUGGAACGCAGAAGCCAGCCACUUGAGCUGCCCCAAACCUCAAGCGUUUCUUUUUCCGUCCCAAAAUGUGCACAGAACAGCUCUGCAGGAGAUGUGGAUACCCAGCUUUGAACAGUCCAAGAGAGAAGCUCACGCACUGCGGCAGCUGGUAGAAAGAAACAGAAAUUUCACAGCUCAGGAGUUUUGGACUCUGGUAUUUAGAGAGUGAUGUUAAAAGGCAAUGGGCCCUUGACUCAAGCUCAGAAAAAACAACAAGCCAGAAAACCUUCCACAAAAGACUGAGCCUGUUACAGAACCAUUGACUGGAUUCAUACAACACAAUAACCCACAUUCAAGGGUUGAUUAUGGGUUGUCAUUGAAACAUGGGCUGUUGUCUUGUCUGAACCCAGCUGCGAUAACAAGCUUUGGAUUGUAUUACAGUUGAGUUCCAACAACACAACAACUCAUGUUUCGACAACAACCCACAGUUCAAUGACAACCCACACUCAACCCUUGAGUGUGGGUUAACAUGUUGUGUGAACCCAAUAAUUGUCUUUAGAUUGCCUUAAUAAAAGUCAGGAAACAGUUUUAACAACUGAAAAACUGAGAAAACAUGGUAUUCAGUGAAUACUAAUCAGUAAGAGGAAUUACCCAGUUGGGUUAUCUUGCAAUUUAUUUUCUACUAAUAUUUAGUAUAAAUUAUUAAUAUAGUUUGUUCAUAUAAUUAAUGCUUGAAUAUUAACACCAGAAUGCAGUCUAUGUUUGUCUUUUCCCAGUGUCUGUGUGGUUGAUUCUGCCUCCGCGGUUUCUCCCAAGCCGAGCUACCUGUGUGUUAAGCGUUUCACCCAAGUGGUUCUGCAUCCUGCCGGGUUAACAAACUGCUCCAGCAACAGAACUUGCCGAAGGGACUGGGCAUUGAUGCUUAUCCCAUUUGCACCCAUGCCAGAAAGCCAAGCCACAUGGGAAGUUUUUAUAAGAAUCCCAGACCAGUGAAGGGGCAAGUGCAUUGGGGAAAGGAGGUAUCCUGGGCCAGAAUAUGGGGGUGGAAAAGAACCCCAUUAUUCCCCUGACCCACAGUUCUUUUCAGAUGUUAUCUAGCAGCAUUGGAACCAGCUAUGGAGAGGCAGCAUCUAUGCACUCCGAUAAUGCCUAAAUGGUUCCUAGAGGAGCAAGAGCUGACAAUGCAGAGGCAUACACAGGUAGGAUUUGUUUUUCCUGGCCUUUAAGACCUGCAUGAUGCCAGAUGCUCGGGGACUUGAACUAGGCAUCUCAGGGUCAGGGCUUUAUGAGGCCUCUGGAUCGACCUGUCUAGGACUGAUGCAUCUCAAUUCUUGGAGGAGAAAGCUGCCAAUGGCUACUAGUCCUAAUAGCUAUG